CUUGUUUUAGUUCUUUUCUGCUCAGAGCGAUUUUGUGGGAAAACCAGCAUGUGCCCUUGAAAAUUGGAACUAAAAUACCACGUGUUUCACAAUCCCUCGGACCAGACGUAGAUGGACUCCUCACAAAGAAGGAACGACACACAAAGACGAGCAGGUUUUCCUCAGCAAUCAGCUCAUCCAGGCCGAUCAUAACAUACAGUGAAGACACUCUUUGGUGUAGAGGGGGGUAGAUUUAUCAGACUCUCGUCAUUCAGCGUCAAUCUGAGCCAGAACUUCAGAGGGAACUGCUACAUGACGGCGUUUACACUUCGUUUAGACACAAAAAUCAAGCUGAAAAGACAUUUGACAAGAGGACAAACUUGGUAAAUGUCAUGUACUGCGUGACCUGAAGGUUGUGGAAGAGAAAAACAACAUUAUCCUUCGCUCAUGUACAAGAAAGGACAGAAAGUGCAAAUUUUCUGUGUUAAAAAACACUGUUUUGUUGAAAACUGUACGACCUGCUGGGUUUGUGGUACGUUAGUGAUCAAACUAAUUGGUAAAACUACAAAAUAGGUUGUUGAAGUCUUCUAGAAACUUCUAGAGUUUGACGUCUGUACUGGUUUUUAGCGCAUUGCAAAUGAUCUGUUGCCUUUUAGUUGGUGUGUUUCACUCUGGUGUUUAGCUGAUAAAAAGUCUGAUGCUCCUUCACAAAGAGAAAAUCCACCAUCAGAUGUUUCCUAUAACAAAAAUCAUGUCAUGGUAUAGUGUUUAAAAUGAGUAGCUACUUUUACACACAUACCACUAUUUUCCUUUAUUCUGCAUCAUUUCAUUUUUGGUCAAAUAUUGACCGCCUACAUUUUCCACAAUGCCUCUAAACAUCUUGCAAUCCAUUUUCUACCACUAAAGUCAACAUGUCACCACUUGUUUUGUAUUGUUAGUUUGUUGAAUAACAAAAUGUGGGUCAGACACUAACUCAAAAGCUUAACUUACAGAAAGGCGUCUGAAAAAGUGGAUUAUUAUAUUAUAUUAGUAUAUAUUAUACCUCAACAUCCUGUCGUCAUGCUGUAAUGCUGGACGUUUAUCGAAGUCCAAUAACAACAUUUUUAAGCUACAUCACCAAACUGUGUUUUUUGGAUGGGGUGGAUUUUCCCUUUAAGUCACACAAUAAACUCAGAGCAAGAUUAGAGUUUACUAACAUUUUUCUUGCUUUCUUAGUGGUGAUACUUUUAAAGUGAAUUAUAUUCAUAAGCCAAAUCUUUUUUUUUAUUAUUAUUAUUUUAAUUUUAGUUCUCAGGUGUUUAAUAGACUAACAUGCCGCGUGUUUAUUUUUUUAACGUUAGCAUGAGCUAGUUUCUGCUUUUUAAAACUCCCCCACAGUAGCUAUGGAUACAUAGGGAACAAAUGAAUGUAUUCGAGAGCGGUUUUGUUUGAAUUAGCUGGCUGUUGCCUGACAUGUUUGCUGAAAUCUUGUUUGUUAACAGGUUGGGUUCACACAUGCUGUCAGUGUAGUAAAUGUGGUUAAAAGAAAAAAAAGACUAGACAAUCCGUUGACGGUACAGGAAAGCACUGCCAAUCAAAUAUACACAGAAGAAUGACAUCGAUAUGGUUUGCAUGACUGAUGAAAUAAUGUCCAUAACAAUUAAAACGAAGGAUUUCAAAUAUCUUCCCAUGUUUAACAGUGCAUCAAAGUCUGAUUUAAGUAUUAAGUCAACACUGUUAGCAUGUGAACACAUAACGGUGGAAGCAUUUCACCUCCUUAUGACCACGUUUUACCUAAUUUACUACAAUAAUUCUGCCACAUUAACGCUAUUUUUUGCUUGGUUUAAGUUUUAUACCUCUAAGCCUUACUUCCAUACAUGUUCUGCUUAGCCACAGCAGGCUAAUAAAGUUGCUACAGCUAAUCAGCUAGCUCCCAUUGCUGUAGCAACGUACUAGCUAGCUGUAGCAACUAGCUAACUAUCUCAUGAACCCCAGACAGUUUAGGUUUAAAUAAAUUCUUUCUGAAGAAUUAUAUUUUUGGUCAUAAAUAGGUGUUGAAAUGACUGUGGUUGACAUUACUUGUACUACUUGUAGUAGUAUUUAUAUGAAGUAAAGGGAACUAUAUACCCACUCUCUGGACAAAGCCUUUUAAACGUCGUGCUCUGUAAGUAAAUUUAAAACACCCACUAUUUGCAUAAGAUUGUCAUUUUCACCCGUUUCACCAUGAUUUUUUCCCACUAGUUUAAUUGUUAAGAUGGAUAUUUUUCAAAGCAGUUGUGAGCAGUGUUUUGUCUGCUGUAGAGUCUGGAUGUGACCCAUGUCAAAAAUAUUUUUUACCAAGUGCUUAAAUAAUACUACAUAUGUGUGUGAACACUGGACGUAUACUAGCAGGACAGAUACUCAGUGGUAACUGGUUUGAAAUGAGACUUGUUCCUCCAAUUGGGCAAUGACGGAGCCACUGAAGAGGAACUAUUUAUGUGGCGGUGAAAAAAUAAAACCCCAAGAGUGUACAAAAUGUGAAUAAACUUGGGUUCGUUUUAGUUUGUUGUAAUUUCACUGCCUCCUCUCUGUUUUGUAUAUGGUCUUUAAAAAAUGCCUGAUAUUUUCUGCCAUUAUGAAAAUGAUUUUGUUCCAAAUGAGUGAUUGGUGUGGGAAGCCAAAAAUGUAAAGCUAUAAAGUAUAAAAGAUUAAAUGGAAAUUAUUCAAAUUGAAACGUGUGUUUUUAGGCUUGAUUGUGGAACCAAAAGUAAAGAUAGAUUGUGAGGGUGCUGCAAAACAAAUAAUGUCCAAUCUUAAAACACAACACUGCACAUUCUUCUGCUCACACUUCUGGGUUUGUGUUACUGGUCUGCUAUUUUCAACAGGUGAGGAUUAUCCUCUUCCAUCAGCACGUGAAUAAGCACCAGCGACAAAACCACAAGCCAACUCAUUGCUGUUUCUAAACAGGCUUUUGUAUGUGGGACAGAUUUUUUUGCUGUCCAAGAUUUUUACAAGUUGCACAACUUUUACAUUUCCUUAUAUGCAAUCCAUCCUCUAGCUCGAUGGGUGACCUCUGUUGGUUGUUUUAUUCCAUGUUGCAAGCUGCUACACAUACUGAAAUGAGUCCAUCGGGGAAAUAAAGUUGUAUUCAUGUGAAUUUUAUGCACAGAUGUGCAGAUGAGAUUCUCACAUCACUUUAAAAUGCUGCAAUAGAAAGGGAUUUUUAAACACUAAUGAAACAAGUAAUUUGGUGUUCAGCAAAGGAUGGGACUGGCGGAAAACGAGUAAACUGUUUUUUAAACAUUAGGUUUUGCACCAAUACUUUCACAGAUCCAAUUAUUUCUGCUAAAGCUGUACUUUCCUCCUGUUUUUCAGCUGUAACAUGUAAUAAUUACCAUGAAUGCACCGUGCUGAACUUGGCCGAGCAUGUUCGUGUUCCCUCUGCUCACAUUUCUCUGUGAUACUACGCGUGUUUUUCAGGGAAAUGAUGGCUCGCCCUGCACAGUUUUGAGCUCCACCUGCCUUUUAAAAAACAAGCCUGAACACGAGGCCGUGAGAUGCUCAUGUUCCCAAACAUGCCAUUUUUCUUUUUUAAUUAGGAGACACAUUUGGUGGUGACGGAGAAGUACGAUGGUGCACAAACCAGUCAAGAGUUGUUUGCACUACAUUCUUUAGGAAUGCCUUCAUGUGUGACAGAAUGUUCUGUUUCUACAGGUAAACAUGAGCCUGGUUGUGACAUGUGACCUUUGUUUUCCACAACUGAUUUCCAUGAGUUUCCUCUUUCCCUGUUUAGCCAAUAAAUAGCAGGAGGGACCCUCAGCUGCACAGCAGUUACUCGUUCCUCCUCUUGCACUCAGCAUCCAUUUGACACCAUGUGGACACAGGCCAGCACUCCACUGCUGCUGCUGCUGCUGCUGCUGCUGCUGCUGCUGCUGCUCGCCUGCUGCGUCUGCACAGCAGAGGCUCAGAGCGACGGCAGCAGGAGACAAAGCAUCUGGGAUGAUCCCAUCAAAUCCAAGACCAAGGCUAAUGACUUGUGUACCGUGAUCAUCACCGGUCAGGGGGAACACACCAGGCUGAGGCUGUCGUGCCAGAGCACCAAGCAGUCGUACUGGUGUGAGAACGUGUGGAAGCCUCACACCUCUUACAACAAAAACCACUACUUUGUCCAGAUGAUGUGGGGCCUCAGGACUCCUGCCAGGAGACACAUCAAACCUCACAUGUGCAGGAAGGCAACGGACGACUCUCAGAUGGUCUUCUCGUACGUGUCCUUCAAACCAGCAGCUCAGGAUGCACAAGUUCAAUCUCCCUCAGUGAGGAAAGCUGCCAAUGAAUCCGCCCGCGUCCCCCUGAGAGUGAAGAGAACAACUCCAGAACCUCACGCCAAGAAGGUGGCUCGGCAGAACUGUUGGAGGUCACUUCGAGGCAUCUGCUCCUUCUUCGUUGGGCUGUUUCGGAGCGAAUAAUAAAAAAAAAGGUUAGACGGCCUCUUUGAUAACAUGCAGUAUUUGUUAGGUUUUAUUAAAUCCACCAGGGAGGUUAUGUUUUUGUUUGUUUGAAGUGGAAAAGCAAAGAAUGGAUUUGGAUGAAACUUUCCGGGAAUGUAGGUUCUGAAAUGAUCUGAACACAGACAAGGAUUCAGGUUAUUUUUUUGUUUACUUUUAAAGAAAUUGUUCAUCUUGUGAGAUGGAGGUGUGUGUGGGAAACUAAGCAGCCAGGUUUUUACCCUCUGGGUGGUUUUUCUAGCUACAGUAGCAAGAAAAAUGUGAAGUCUUUAGAAUGACUGUAGUUUUCUGCAUGAAUUUGUAGUCAAGCAAACAUGUGCUUAAUAGUGUUUUUAUCAAACUCAUUAUACUGACAGGACACCAGUUAGCUUUUGUUUACGUCAUUAGUUUAAUGCUUCACUUACUUUUCCCAUCACCACUGAGAAUGUUUAUGGACUGUGUUCAUGUUUGUUACUUCCUGUGAACAGAGAAGACACAUUUCAGGACAAAUUCAUGCAGAAAACCUGGAAAUUCCAAAGGGUUCACAUACUUGUUGCUGGACUCUUUCCUGUAUACUAUGUUUUUUUUAACUCGUCUCCACAGAAUCACAUGUCUGAUGAGUGUCUAGAGCGGACAGGACUGCAGUCAAUGAUGAUGAUGAUGUCAAUGAGACAAAAACACGGAUUAAACCAAACUAUUUAAUAAUAUUUGUCUUUAUGUUUGUUCCCAUGUAUAUAAUACACCACUACA